UGCUUAGCAACCGUAACUCUCGGCGCAGGCGCAGUCUUCAUCAAUGAUGCACUGUGGGAUUGCUGAAUAUUGGCAUAGCAACCAGGCGACAGAGCCAGCAGUUUGUUUUUACACUCCAUGAUAGUUUUGCUGUCUAUUCUGCGUUAAAGCCUCUUAGCUUCACUGUGGACUGCUGCUAUGAACGGGGCCGUGGUGAAGAAGACUCAGGACACGCUCGGCAAAGUGAUAAAGAAACCGCCUCUGACGGACAAACUGCUCACCAAGCCACCGUUUAGAUACCUCCACGACAUCUUAAGCGAGGUCAUCAAGACGACUGGUUUUAUGAAAGGUCUGUAUGGAGAAAAUGAAAUGAAGUCAGAUAAUGUUAAGGAGAAGGACUCCAAGAUCGUGUUCCUCCAGAAAGCGAUAGAUGUCGUGAUGCUGGUGAGUGGCGAGCCCCUGGUGGCAAAGCCAGCGCGCAUUGUGGCCGGACAUGAGCCUGAGAGAACCAAUGAGCUGCUGCAGGCCAUGGCCAAGUGCUGCAUCAACAAGAUGUCCAGUGACGAUGCAGUGAAGCGAGUGCUUGCAGGAGAAAAGGUGGACAUAAAGACCAAGGCCAGCACCUCCAGGUCCCAGGACAAGGAAAACAGGGAGGGACGUGAACGUCCUCUUGAUAGAGAGGAGAAGAAAACCAUUACAGAGCGCAGCGGGAGCCGGGACCAGAAGGACCCAGAGCAGCCCAAAGAGCAGGAGAGCCGACGCAGAGACGGUGAGAAGGAGCAACACCGUGACAGGGAGCGCUCUGAAAAGCACCAGCGCAGUGAACAGGACCAACACGCCAAAGACCGAGACCAAGACAAGAGCCGGGACCAGGAGCGAGACAAGGACAAAGACAAAGGACGAGCCAGAGAGAAGGAAAAAGACAAGGAGAGAGACAAAGGCCAGGAUAAGACGAGAGAUUCUCACAGAGACCGGGAAAGAGACAAGGAAAAGCGGAGAGACAGAGACAAAGAGAGAGAGCGACACAAAGAGCGGGAAGACAGAAACAAAAGUGGAGAGAGUGGCAAUAGCAAGGCCAGAGUGUCAGAGGAACCACAGCAGAAAGCCAGCCCUGAGCCCAGCAAAACAGCCAAACCUGUGCCAGCGCCUGCCGAAGCAGUUGAGAACCAGUCUGACAGUCCAGCUAGAAUACCUCGGCCUGCAUCUGCCAAAGGGCAGAGGCGGAGACCCAAAAUUGGAGGUCAAGAUGAAUCUGACAGCGAGGGAGACGGAGAUGCUCUGUUAGCCCAGAGACCUGCUCCCCAGGAAAAUGGAGACACUGCAGGCUCCUCAGUGCCGUCCGACAUGGCCUCCAGGCGAAUACCACGGCCCGGCAGUGCUCGUCCAGCACCCCCUCGAGUCAAGAAACAGGAAAGUUACUCCGAAGUGACCCCGGCUGAGAGGCUGUCCAGUGCCAAGCCCUCAGCACCAGUCAUCAUGGAUGGGAAGAUGCUGUCUGAGGAUGAGGAGGAUGAAGACAAGCAGUUUCUCGUGGAGGAGGCGGUCCCUCCGCCCUCAGAUGCUCCUGAGGUGGAGGUGGGGCAAGAGCUCGACAGUGAAGACAAACAUGGUGGCCUCGUGAAAAAGAUCCUCGAGACCAAGAAAGACUAUGAACUGUCCCCGUCCUCCCCCAAGUCUAAAGAGCAGAACGUGGUGUCUGAAGCGGCAAGGAAGAAAGAGCGGGACAUGGUGACGCGGGAGAUAGAGCGGCUCCGCUCAUCCAUCCAGACGGUGUGCCGCAGCGCCCUGCCCCUGGGUAAGAUCAUGGACUACAUACAGGAGGACAUGGACGCCAUGCAGGCUGAGCUGAACACCUGGCGGCGGGAGAACAAGGAGCACGCACAGGCCUUGCUACAGGAGCAGAGAGAGACAGACAGGGCGGUGGAGCCUCUGAAGUCGGAGCUCGUUGAGCUGGAGCAGCUCAUCAAGGACCAGCAGGACAAGAUUUGUGCUGUGAGGUCCAACAUACUGAGGAAUGAGGAGAAGAUCCAGAAGAUGGUGAUGGGAAUCAACUUCUCCUCCAGGCCAUAAAGUUAGGAACAAGGUCUACAAAGAAAACCUGUACUAAAUAAAUGCACUGAGGAUUUAGGGAUGAACAGUGUCUCAUUCAGAAUAAUGGUAAGACCAUUUAGUUUUUUUCUUGGAGGUGAUGUGGGAUGGGACCAAACAUUGCACUUUGAGGGGUUUUGUCAGAAAGGAGAUGGACCCAAACAUAUCAGUCAGGUGUUGGUAAAUAAAAGCUCCGUAUGAUGGCUUGGCGGUCUGACUCUACUCUAACAUCUGCUGUCACUGAUGGAUGCUUGAAUUAAUUGAUAAUAAAAAUAUCUUCCUGCUCUGCACACUAACCGUAGCCAUCGUUUACCCCUUUUCUGUAAUGGUGCCUUUGUGGAAUGAGUCAGUGAACAGUUAGACUUAAUAGUUGCAUUUAAUGCUGGGUGAUUUCAUCAAUAGCCCUAUAUAUUCCAAAAUACACAAUAAUAAAACAUAAAAAUGAUUUGUUCUACACUCAGCAAUCCCUGGACCUAAUUUUAAAACCUAUACACUUGUUUAUUUUUGUAUUUUUAUUAACCUAGCAAAACAAAACUGUGGCACAUUGUGGUUGCUUUGGUUUCAUUGCCUCACCUCUCAUUUUUCCUGGCUGUGGGGAACUUAGGAAGCAGUCUUUUGAUCUAGUUCAUGCUGUUUCUAAGAUGAAUAUUACAUCUGCUAUAGUGCUAUUGAACUAGCUAUACAUGAGUAAUGAAGUAUUCCUGUGUUCAAAUACAUUUCCUGGGGCUUGCAUGGAGAAAUGUAGGACUUAUGUGGGAGUCCUGAUGGUUUAGCUGAUUGAAAUGUAUGUGACAUGAUGUGGUGUCCUGGGACCUUUUACAUGUCAUACUGAGCUUUACUUUUGCUUCCAAACAUUUUUCUAUAAGCUUCCUUCUUCUUCAAGCUACUCUUACUAAAAAAAAGAAAAGAAAAGAUUUAUUCUGUUUUUCAGCAACCUUUGCCUGCUUACAACAACCAUAUCCCAUCUUGUAAAAAGCAAUACUCAGACGGCCGCCAUUGUGGAGAUCCCUGCACUUUAUUUCUACUUUAGGAUUUGCCAAAUUGUUUCUUUCUUGGGAUGAAGACAAUGUUUGGUCAGAUGGCAACUUUUUGUGUAAACUUUCAUUCCUAUUCUUUAUAAAUACGGGAAAAAAUAAUUAUACCAUAAUGUUACUCGCUCCUGUUGUGACUUUAAGAAAUAUGCUUUACAGAUGUAGCAAAUAUGACAAUCUGAAGCAAUACUCGGCUGAUAAUUGCAGUUGGAAACUGUCCCAGUGUUCCUUAAAGUUCCAAUAAUGUGUGAAUGAAAUUCAAAUAACAAAACAAGAUUCAACUAGUCAGCCGUGAUUCCUUGCAUAGUGGCCUGUCUCACUCUGAAAAUGCAGUUAACAUAUUUAGUACCGACGUAACUUCACAUUGCUGUUAUUACUUGCACAAGUGCGUUUGCUACCUCUAGUUCUACUUCAGGUAUUGACUCCCAGUGUUUACACAAAAUAUAAAAAAAACAUUUGGUUGGAUUGAUGAAUCCAUUAUUUUAAUAUUUUUUUUAUUUUUAUUCACAAAGCUUUUUUUUCCAGAUGUUAAUGUGACAACCAUACAUACAGUAGCUAGGACUUCAAAACAUCUGCCCAAACACAGGUUUCCACUUCCACUUUCUCGUCAGAUCAACGUGUGUGAGGAUAGGUGGCACAACACCUCAAUACAGCUGGAAGCUGUUACUCUGGCAGAACAGACAGCAAGUACCAGAGGUUGCCAGUGGGAAGAAAUGUUCAUGGGCAUCAACAGCUACAGGAAACAAAGCAAAGUUACUCUGAUUAAUCUUUCAAAAGCUGCAUUUCUUCUGUGGUACUUUUAAUUCUAUUCAUUUGACUGAUCUUUUUGAGAGCCAGUCACUAUGAGGAUUCCAAAGUUAAAACUCUCAUUUAGUCUGAUUUUACAUCUUUUUCACCUCAUUAUUAUGUUUAGUCCAUCAAUUAUAAUCAAAGUAACUUAUUGAAAACUACAUACAAAACUUGUGGAAAGGUGAGACCCUGCGUGUUUAUAUGUCUUAUAUGUAACAAUGUAAAGUACUUGUAUCAUAAUCUCUGUUUCUCUUUCAACUGUACAUUAUGUAUAUGUGGAGAUUGUAUCAUAGUUCAGAUAAUUAUAUAAUUUUGUAGUGGAGUGAAAUAAACGGUUACAUUGCA